AUGUGUGACCGGAACGGUGGACGGCGGCUCCGACAGUGGCUGAUUGAACAAAUUGACAGCAACACGUAUCCAGGGCUGAUUUGGGAAAAUGAUGAGAAGAGCAUGUUCCGGAUCCCUUGGAAACACGCUGGCAAACAAGAUUAUAAUCAGGAAGUGGAUGCCUCCAUUUUCAAGGCCUGGGCAGUUUUUAAAGGGAAGUUUAAAGAAGGGGACAAAGCUGAACCAGCCACGUGGAAAACGAGGUUACGCUGUGCUUUGAACAAGAGCCCAGAUUUUGAGGAAGUGACAGACCGGUCCCAGCUGGACAUUUCCGAGCCAUACAAAGUUUACCGCAUCGUCCCUGAGGAGGAGCAAAAAUGCAAACUAGGCAUGGUAACUCCCAGCUGUGUGAACGAAGUCACGGAGAUGGAGUGCGGUCGCUCGGAAAUUGACGACCUCAUCAAGGAGCCUCCUGUGGAUGAUUACAUGGGGAUGAUCAAGAGGAGCCCCUCCCCCCCAGAGGCCUGCAGGAGCCAGCUCCUCCCAGACUGGUGGGCGCAGCAGCCCAGCACAGGCUUGCCCCUGGUGACAAGGUACCCCACCUAUGAUGCACACCAUUCAGCCUUCUCCCAGAUGGUGAUCAGCUUCUACUACGGGGGCAAGCUGGUGGGCCAGACCACCACCACCUGCCCUGAGGGCUGCCGCCUGUCCCUGAGCCAGCCGGGGCUGCCCAGUGCUAAGCUGUAUGGGCCCGAGGGUCUGGAGCUGGUGCGCUUCCCGCCGGCUGAUGCUAUCCCCAGUGAGCGGCAGAGGCAGGUGACGCGGAAGCUGUUUGGGCACCUGGAGCGCGGUGUGCUGCUGCACAGCAGCCAGCAGGGCAUGUUCGUCAAGCGGCUGUGCCAGGGCCGCGUGUUCUACAGCGGAAACGCGGUGGUGUGCAAGGGCAGGCCCAACAAGCUGGAGCGCGAUGUGGUGGUCCAGGUCUUUGACACCAGCCAGUUCUUCCGAGAGCUGCAGCAGUUCUAUAACAACCAGAGCCGGCUUCCUGACAGCAGGGUGGUGCUGUGCUUUGGGGAAGAGUUUCCGGAUAUGGCCCCCUUGCGCUCCAAACUCAUUCUUGUGCAGAUUGAGCAGCUCUACGUCCGGCAGCUGGUGGAAGAAGCGGGGAAGAACUGCGGAGGGGCCGGCUCCCUGAUACAGGCUCCCGAGGAGCCCCCAGCAGACCAGGUCUUCCGGAUGUUUCCAGAUAUUUGUGCGUCACACCAGAGACCCUUUUUCAGAGAAAACCAACAGAUUACCGUUUAAGAGUCUCUUGGGCACCCCACCCGCUGCAUCUCGCAUAUCACCACUAUAGUUACUGUUGUAAUUAUUAAAGGAUGGAUUUCUCUGGCUGGGGGUGGGGCGUCUGGCUUUGCUCUUAAUUUGGUAAGGACAUUCUCUGAGGACUGACGUUUAAAAAAAGCCAUACCACAGUUCCACUGGGUUCAGGUAUAAACGUUGGAAGCUUACACCAAGUGGUCUGUAUGCUAUAACUAUAACCUGGGAUGAAAAAUUUUUAUUUUCCCUAAUUAUUAUUAGUUUCUAUGAUUCUUUCUUCAUUUUGGGUUGAUAUUUCCAAAGACUUAUUUAAUAUUGCUAGCAGAUAGCUGCUUCGAGUAAAGGAAUUUGGAGUUUAAAAUCAACUUGUGAGAACAACACUUUUUUUGUCUUUACCUUUUGUUAGAGUUGUAGAUUUAUGAUUUUAUAUGCUUAAUUCUAUGUGAAGUCUCUUUUUACUUUUAAGCAUUUUUAACAAGCUUUAAAAAUAUUUAGAUACAAGCCUCCUUUUAAUGAAAGCAAAACUCUUGCCAUGCUAGAAGAACGUAUGUUCUUCCUAGAAUUCAGUGCCAGGAAAUCCUGUCCAUAACCAGGUGAACUGGUGUGUUUUUAUCUUCAGACAAUGACAACUUUUCCUUUGACGCUUUAUUGCCAGGAAGCUUAGAGCUAAAUUUAUUUUUCCAUUUAUAUCAUUAAACCACCCCAGAUACCACUCUCUUUUCUUCUUUCUCAAUGGUUUUGACCUGUUUUAAAAAUAUUUGUACUUUUAAUUGUCUUAUUUUAUAUGUCUUAUUGUAAACUGCUUUGAAUCUUUAUUUUUUCUUUUAAGUGGGGAGGAUAUAAAAGUUAAAAAGCAA